CUGCCACAGGAACAACGAGCGGUCAUACCACCAACUACAUGGAGGCACCCGCUAGUCCUACCGGGUCCAUCACGACCGCCCUAUGGUAACCGCAACUUUAACAAACAGCCACCGAGAGCUCCAGCCGUUCGACAGACCGCGGAUUGCUGCUAUCGCAUGCGGUACGGCAAAGCCACCAGAACCUGUGGCCACAAUGCAGCCGUACUUACACUUUCCUCCGACUUCAAACCAUUAACAGUCUUGGGCAAGGUAGAUGAUAAGGAGGUCAGCAUUUUAGUAGACAAAGGGCAGCCUUCUCCCUCAUACGCGAGAGUCUCCUUCAUGGUGCGCAAUACGACCACUCAGAAUGUCCCCAACUGCGGAUCCUCACCGCCAACAAUUCUCCCCUUCACCUUCACGGAUCAGCCAUAG